AUGCCAUAUCCUCUGCGCCCCGACCACUGCUUCACAGAAAGACUUACGGACCUUGUGUCCCGUCAGCCACGUGACUCGAAGGAUGCGAAGAAACGUCACGCUUCGCAUCCGAGUCACGCGGACACAAUCCUCUUUCUUACUCUCAUUAGCUCAUUGUCGUCAACAUCCCGCUCGGUCUUUCAUCCAUCGUUAUACGAUACCCUUACCAUUACCAACUUGUGGACCCUUUUUUCUCUCGUUAUAUCUUCAUAUUUCCACCUCGCCGUACCCAGAGCAGUCAAACGAGCUACGAAACUCUCGUCACUCCUGCGCAAACCUUCUUGCUUACGAGCAACAUUCAUUCAAUAUUCUCGUACUCUCUUUCGCAUUCCUUAUUUCGACUCUCACACAUUCCCCUCAGAGCUCGAACCAGCCUUACACGAGCCAGAGCUUGUCCUCCAGCGUAAGGUCAAUCGCCUUCGAAGGAGGCGCUUUUGGGCUGCGGGAGUUAAUGACAUUUUCGCUGUCGAUCAACACGACAAGUGGCUAAGGUAUGGUCUCGGCCUCCAUACAGGCAUCGAACCGUUCUCCGGUAGGAUUAUGUGGAUGUGGGUAUGGCACUCAAACCGGAACCCACAGCUGAUCCUCAGCUAUUAUCUCGACACACUCGACACACUCGGGCAUAUGCCCAUGGUGACGCAAAGCGACCCAGGGUCGGAAAAUUUCGGCAUUGCUAAUGCACACACAACGCUCCGCCAAUGGCACGAUCCCGCGCUACAGGGCACUUUGCAACAUCGCUGGAUGCGACAUAAGAAGAACGUCAUGCCCGAAAUAACGUGGUCUCAAAUGUGA